GGACGGGAGAGCCUGUCGCUCUUUGGUCGUCGGGAGGCAGCACUGGCGAUGUGCUCGAGGCCCGGGGUCGAUCAAGAUGGAGUGGCAGCGGAGCCGAUUUCUGGCGGUAGAGUGAGGAUUCUGUGAUUUUCAGCGUGGAGGAAAAUUCGGGGUUUGAUGGGGAGUCGAUAGAGGGGCGGAUUGCGGAAUUUGGCACACGCUCGCCCGGGAAAGGGUGAAUUUACAUCGUGCACUCGUCUCUCGCUCGCUCGCUCGCUUGCUCCGGUCGGUGUAGUGGUAGGUUUUCACGAGCUGACGAUGCUUCCACGACUUCUGGAUCUUUUGGAGAUUGGAGAGUGGUUUUGGUAAUUGGGGGGAGCAGAAUUUGAAGUCAUGGUGGACGGCGAAGCCUCGUCAGGCGAGGGUUUGCGGUCUCGGAAGGGCGAGAAAACAGAUGUAGCUUGCGAUGAUUGUCGUGGAGGGAAGAUGAAGGCGGACUCUGGAGUCACGAGUAGUGGCACUGCUGCGAAUGCGUCUUGCUCGGCUCAGGAGCCGUCUGUUUCUGAAAGGACGGGCAGUGGGAAUGCUGCUGGUGUUCCUCCAGGGGGUUUCAUGGCUCCUGACGGUCCUUUCAGGGGGUUCAUGCCAAUGCCCUUUGGGGAGAGUUGGCCCAUGAAUCCAUCAAUGCUAGGGUCAGGCUUUGACUUCGGAUCUUUAGGCCCUCCCCCGUUGGUUCCAGUUCUGGUACCUGGUCCCUUUCCGGGCUUUUAUCAACCCCCGGGACACGAGCAUCAUCCGCAUCAGGGGGGGAUCUUUGCUGUUCCUAUUAUGCCCAUGUUCGGACCAAUGGGGGGCGUUCCUCAAGGAGGAUUUAUUCCGUUAUCAUUCAACAUGCCACCAGCAGCACCCCCAGCGCCCGUCGAUGGUCAGGCGCCUGCAACAUCGCCUGCAGGGGGUCCCGGGGAAGCUGGACGGGCUCAGGGAGACGGACUCGAUGCUGCCGCUCAAGACGGCAUUCGACAACGCCAACCUGCUCUUCGAGGAGCUCUUGCAGGAGGGAGGGCUGACAAUCAAAGAGUUGUGCGGAGGUUUCGUGUUGGCUUCCAAGUGGAUCUGCUGCUCAUUUUGAAGCUGGCUGUUGUUGUUUUCGUCUUCAACCAAGAUGGUUCGAAAGACAGAUUUCUGCUGCUGUUUCUCCUCGCGGGUAUCGUAUACUUGUAUCAAACAGGAGCGCUUGCUCCUAUACUCCGUUGGGUCUCCCAAAGCGCGCAGCGUGCAAUGAUGCCACCUCAGCAACCCAUUCCUGUUACUGAAGGUGGUCAGAAUCGAGAGGGAGGUGGAGUACCUCAAGCAGACGGUAGAGAAGCCCGCGUAGGAGCUCCCGCUGCGGAAAACAGAGAAGCUGCAGCUCUUGGGGUGCCUCCACAAGAAGGGGUUGUAGGUCAAGGUGAAGGAGCUCCUGUUAGAGCGGGUGCUGAAGGGGCAGCACAACCACCUCAAAAUCCAAACUGGUGGGGAUUUUUCAAGGAAGUACAGAUGAUCGUUGUGGGCUUCCUGACAUCUCUUUUUCCUGGCUUUCAACACGUCGACUAGCAACGGAAAGGCACGUCCAAAAUCAUUCGAUAUUGCUGCAGCUUUGCGGCUAGAGAAAAUCUCGAUAGCAGCACAUGUUCGUGGGUCAUUUCCAGGAAAGGCUUGCCGAGAUCAUUGUCUGUCGAAGCGGGUCCUGAGGUACAUCAAACUAGCAUAACCUCCACUUGCCGAGCAGGAGAAAGGAAAUGAGAUUCACAUUGCAGACAACUGUCACGACUUGUUGUAACUCAUAAUAAUGAAUCCGAGGCUGAGCUGUCUUGAAUUCUUCUGAUGAUUUACGAACCUGAGUACUAGAGCUGAUUUCAUAAAUCCAUGUCAUAGACGAAGUUGAGGAGGAUGAUCAGGCAAAAUUCAUCUCCAACAAAAGUUGUGUACACAUGCAAAUCGGCAAGGACAGCCUGCAUAGCAUUCUCUCUUUGCCGACGUCCUUGCAGCCUGUACAUAGAGUUUCUUGACACCCAGAUUAUCCUGUUUCUUGUUAAGCAGUUACCUGUAAGCCUGGAAGAAAUUUACAUUGUCCAGCGUUAAUCAAAUCACAUUUCAAAGGACUAAGAGAUUUUUCGGCAUUUAUGGUAUGCUUGUAUCUCAAGGUCUCGCUGAGGACAGGCCCACUGGCAUCAGGUUUAGCGUUUGUCUUAGUUGAACACUGCGGUCAGAAAGUGGGGACAAUCGGUCGCACAAGCUGGGUUCAUUGACUGCGGGAAGCAUCUGACUUCAACUCCAUUGACAUACCAUCCAGCAGCCACCGAAGUGUAUUAGGAAGUUUUCAAGUUGGCCUUCAGUGAAGUGCAUUUGAGAAGCAUAAGCUAACGAUGCUCUGAUGAUGCACUUGAAGCUUUACAUGUGAAGCCAUCUGUCGUGCAGGCACUUGGAAUUGUCUCAUGUUUUAGCUUUUAGGAACACGGAUGCUCAAUAUGUGUAACAAAUUUCUUGGAUGCAUGUCUCAAUCUAUUGGAGCGUGAAGGAAGAAUCUCCACUACGAGGUAUUCAUGGGUUAAGACAUGUAGAGCUGUGCAUAUAGAUGAGGGCAAGAGAACGCAUUGAGACACGACUUUCUGCCCCAUGAGCAUAAAACCUUACUCCGAUUUAAGAGGAUUGUCUCA